AUGGUAACCAACCCUCCCUCGUACCCAAUCAAGGGUAUCAACACCUUCGAUCCCCAAGGCCGCCGUCCUGUCCGCAAGAACAUCGAUGACUGGUACAAGGAGCAGACCUUGGGAGACAAUUCAAAGAGAAUCCAGUUGACCCUCUUCGUCGAGGCUUUAGCCAUUGUCCAGGCCCGACCUUUUGAGGAUGUACGCUCCUGGUUUCGCAUUGCGGGCAUUCAUUCUCAACCCUGGGUGGCGUGGGACAAUGCGAGACCUCCCAAGGGGUCGACAGAGGUUCCAAAAGAUAGAGUGCCGGGAUACUGCGUUCAUAAUGAUUACACGUUUCCGACAUGGCAUCGGGUGUAUGUGACUUUGCUUGAGCAAGUCAUCUACGAAGCGAUGAAUGAAUUUAUUGAGAAGAACGUCCCGGUACAGUGGGAGACAGAGUGGCGGAAUGAAGCCAACCAGUGGCGUCUGCCGUACUGGGACUUUGCCAGAUUCGCCAAUAAGCCAGAGGUGGAGGUGCCUGAAGGCGCGGUUGGGGAACUCAGACUUCCCAUCCUGCUUGUGAAGCCGAACGUCGAGAUUCGUUCUGUUUCAAAGGACAAGACAAUUGUCGAGACCAAAACUGUGGCAAACCCGUUCUACAAAUACACUGCGCCCAAGUGGGACAAAUGUAUCUCAACUACCAAGUAUGGCCUUCUAGAGGGUUAUCACAUCGACAUCUGGGCUGACGGAGGCCAAAACUGGCUUCGCUCUAACCUGGCACUGAAUGAACACGCCUGGGCUCCUCAGCCAACGAAGCCACAACAGACAGUGCAGUUCAUGACUUGGAAGUUGUUGCAGCAGAAUGGGGGUCCCACCAGCUGGACGGCUUUUUCCAGCACUCGCUACUGCAGAUCUCACGAUGAAAAGCCGGAGUACUGGUUGCCUUUGGAAAUGAUCCAUAACAACAUUCAUGCCUUUGUUGGAGGAUCGCAAUUCAUCCGUCCUGAUGAGACGCAUAUGAAGCUUUGGGGUAUGGGACACAUGGCCAGUCCUUUAGUUGCAGCUUUUGACCCUAUCUUCUUCAUCUAUCACUGCAACAUCGACCGCCUGACAGCCACCUGGCAGUUCUUGAAUCCAACCAAGUGGUUUGACGGCGAUAGUGCAAGCGCCCUUAACAACGAUCUCCUGCCAUUCUCCAAGAAUGACAAGCACGAGAUUCACAAAUCCGAAGAUGUGAAAGACUGGCGCAAACUUGGAUACGACUAUGAGAUUCUUCAGGGUAAAGAUGACUACAAUGAAGCACAUAUCAAGCAGGUCAAAAGGGAAAUUGAUACUCUCUACUCGAAGCGAACUACGGCCCUGUUCCCUGGUUUGGACAAAGAGAACAGGGACGAAAGUGAUUAUAUCAUCACUAUUUACUACAGCCGCUACGCUCUGAACGGCGAGCCUUACAAGAUCAACCUCUUUGUCGGCGAGAAACCGGACGAAGACUUCGUCGGCCCCGGAAGCAAGAAUUUCGUCGCCAGUAUUUACAGCUUCAGUGCUCCUUUACCUGCAGACGGGGAUGGCGGAUGCGGAAACUGCAAGCAACAGCAGGAUGAGGGUGUUAGGUCUGUCGCGCAAGUUCCUGCCACGUUUGCCGUCGACAAAUUUGCAGAUGAAGACGCCGGUAACCCCGAAGAUAACGUGUGGUUUGUGGUGGUCGACAGUCUGGGACAGCAAGUGAAUCUCGAACAACUUGGCUCUCCGAUUAAGGCGACGCUGCAUCGUGCUGAGAAGGCAACCUUCUUGCAUGAGGUCGAUGAUAACAGCCCGACAGACUAUGAGAAGAUAGGAGAUGGCAAGCAAGUCGUCUAUGGUGAGGUGGCUACAACCUCUUUCAGAUAA